UGUACCUAUCAAAACGAUUUUAAUUUAUAAGUUAUGAAUUGAAUCUUCUUUCUUACUGCUUUAUAAUGAACAGAUUAUCCAAAAUCUUCCAACCUUCGUUGAUAAUCCCAAAGAAUGCGGUCAUUAAAAACCAGGACAUCACAUCUAAAAGUCAGCGGCUUAUGCUCGAGCAAGGUUUGAUCCGGCAGGCCGGCAACGGCACCUUCUACAUCCUGCCGCUUCUGCAACGUUCGGUUCAAAAAGCUAUCGACCUGGUGGAUUACUACAUGCAACGGCAUGCGGGAGCGGAGAAGCUUAGUCUGCCCAUUCUGACGUCGGUUGAUUUGUGGCGCAAAAGUGGUCGCCUUGAGAUGGCAAGUGCCGAACUGAUGACCACUACUGAUCGACACGGUAAAAAGCAAAUCCUUGGGCCGACACACGAAGAAAGCAUCACUGCUCUUCUGGCCGCAAUCUCGCCGGUAUCGUACCGGCAGUUCCCACUAAGGCUGUAUCAAAUAUCGACCAAGUUUCGUGAUGAGAUGAAACCCCGAUUCGGUUUGCUGCGGGCAAAGGAGUUCCUGAUGAAGGACUUGUAUACGUUUGACGUCGGAUUGGUCGAAGCCCGGCAAACUUACGACGAAGUGAAUGAGGCUUACCGUAAGUUGUUCGACGCCGUUGGGGUUCCCUUCGUGAAGGUAAGUGGAGAUACCGGAGUCAUGGGGGGAUCCGCUUCGCAUGAGUAUCACUUUCCCAGUGAGGUCGGUGAAGACCAGCUAGUGUGCUGCAGCGCCUGUGGGAUGGGAUGCAAUCAGGAAAUGUUCGAUGCGAGUAAGAUCUGCGAACGGUGCAAUAAUGCAAAUAUCGUGCGGCAAGCCGGUAUCGAGGUGGGUCAUGCAUUUAUACUUGAAGAUAAGUAUAGCAAAGCGUUGGGGGCAAAGUAUUUGCAUCAGAAUGGAAAGCCUGAAACGCUUCAGAUGGGUUGCUACGGCAUAGGGAUAACUCGACUGAUAGCUGCCGGGAUUGAGGUUCUUUCCAGUGAGAAAGAAAUUCGCUGGCCGCUUGCUCUAGCACCCUAUACAGUUUGCUUAAUUCCACCCAAGAAGGGAAGUAAAGAGGAAGCCCAAGCCGAACCUUGGGUGCAUAAGUUGAAUAGUGAAAUAAGCAAGCUAAACGGUAUCGGUUCGGAAUUUGUGGUAGAUGAUCGAACCGGUCUUACGAUAGGGAAGCGGCUCAUGGAGGCUAAGAAAGCUGGCUUUCCCAUAGUGGUAGUGAUAGGACCGAAAGCAGCUUCGGAGGGUAAUGAGCAGUUUGAAGUGCAUAACCAAAUAGAGGAAAGCCAGAAAAUGCUUAGUUUCAGUGACACACUCACGGAAAUUAAAAGGAGUUGUAAUAAGCAAUAAUAGUCCAGACGAUAGUUUUACAUCAAUGCAUUUAGAAA